UCAGCGUGAACUGCUCUCUGACCCUGACUACGAGGAGGACGUCUGAGAGGAAGGCUUCCAGGGGGACGGAGCAGACGCCCCGGAUGUGACGGUUGACGAUGAAGCGAUGGCGGCGUGAAUGAAGGCCUGGUGAGGAGGGAACGAUGCCCAAGGGUGGGUGUUCUAGAACCCCACAGCAGGAAGAGCGUUCCCUGAGCAGCGACAUGGUGGAGAAGCAGCCCGGGAAAAAGGAUAAAGAUAAAGUUUCUCUAACCAAGACCCCAAAGCUAGACCGCAGUGAUGGCGGGAAGGAGGUGAGAGAGCGAGCGACCAAGCGGAAGCUGCCCUUCACCGUGGGCGCCAAUGGAGAGCAGAAGGACUCGGACACAGAGAAGCAGGGUCCUGAGCGGAAGAGGAUUAAGAAGGAGCCUGUCACCCGCAAGGCCGGGCUGCUGUUCGGCAUGGGGCUGUCCGGGAUCCGCGCCGGCUACCCGCUCUCGGAGCGCCAGCAGGUGGCUCUCCUCAUGCAGAUGACGGCCGAGGAGUCUGCCAACAGCCCAGUGGACACGACACCAAAGCACCCCUCCCAGUCGACAGUGUGUCAGAAGGGGACGCCCAAUUCUGCCUCAAAAACCAAAGAUAAAGUGAACAAGAGAAAUGAGCGUGGAGAGACCCGCCUACACCGUGCGGCCAUCCGGGGGGACGCCCGGCGUAUCAAGGAGCUCAUCAGCGAGGGGGCGGACGUCAACGUCAAGGACUUCGCAGGCUGGACUGCGCUACACGAGGCCUGUAACCGGGGCUACUACGAUGUCGCGAAGCAGCUGCUGGCCGCCGGCGCAGAGGUGAACACCAAGGGCCUGGAUGACGACACGCCCUUGCACGACGCCGCCAACAACGGGCACUACAAGGUGGUGAAGCUCCUGCUCCGGUAUGGCGGGAACCCUCAGCAGAGCAACAGGAAGGGCGAGACGCCGCUGAAGGUGGCCAGCUCCCCGACCAUGGUGAACCUGCUGCUGGGCAAGGGCACCUACACGUCCAGCGAGGAGAGCUCGGCCGAGAGCUCUGAGGAGGAGGACGACGCGCCAUCGUUCGCACCUUCCAGCUCAGUCGAGGGCAAUAACACGGACUCCGAGUUUGAGAAGGGCCUGAAGCACAAGACUAAGAAUCCGGAGCCCCAGAAAACUGCGACCCCCGUCAAGGACGAGUAUGAGUUUGACGAGGACGACGAGCAGGACAGAAUCCCCCCCGUGGACGACAAACACUUGCUGAAGAAGGAUUACAGGAAGGAAACUAAGUCCAAUAGUUUUAUUUCUAUACCCAAAAUGGAAGUGAAAAGCUACACUAAAAACAGCACGAUUGCACCAAAGAAGGCGUCUCAUCGCAUCCUGUCGGACACGUCAGACGAGGAGGACGUCGGUGUCGCCGUGGGGACCGGGGAGAAGCUGAGACUCUCGGCUCACACGAUGCUGCCUGGUAACAAGACACGGGAGCCUUCCAACUCCAAGCAGCAGAAGGAGAAAAAUAAAGUGAAAAAGAAGCGAAAGAAAGAAAUCAAGGGCAAAGAAGUGCGGUUUGGGAAGAGGAGCGACAAGUUCUGCUCCUCCGAGUCCGACAGCGCGUCUUCGGAGAGCGGCGGGGACGGCGGGGACUCGGCGGGGAGCCCCGGCUGCCUCAAGGGGUCCCCGCUGGUGCUCAAGGACCCUUCCCUGUUCAGCUCCCUGUCCGCCUCCUCCACCUCGUCCCACGGCAGCUCCGCCCCCCCGAAGCAUAACCCCGGCCACGCGGAUCCGCACGCCAAGCACUGGCGGACAGACAAUUGGAAAACCAUCUCCUCUCCAGCCUGGUCCGAGGUCAGCUCCUUCUCAGACUCCACGAGGACGAGACUGAGCAGCGAGUCUGAUGGCUGCUCCGAGGGCUCCAGCGUGGAGUCGCUGAAGCCGGUCAGGAAGAGGCAGGAGCACAGGAAGAGGGCCGGCCUGCAGGGCACGCUGCCCGAUAGGAAGGACUCCUUCCAUCCGGGCGGGGACGGCGCCAUCCCCAAGCUGGACAAGGAGGGCAAGGUCGUCAAGAAACACAAGACGAAACAUAAACACAAAGGCAAGGAGAAGGGGCUGUGCCCCGUCAGCCAGGAGCUGAAGCUGAGGAGCUUCAGCUACGAGUACGAGGAUUCCAAGCAGAGGGCGGACAAGGCGACCCUCCUGGAUGACGCGCCCGCCGAGAGCAAGCUGAAGGGCCUGAAGCACGAGCGAGAGCACUGCAGGAGAGAGGAGAGGCUCGGCAAAACCAAGUCGGAGGAGAAAGAGUGGCUCUUGAAGGACGAGAUGAUCAAGGUCUCCAGGGAGGAGAAGUCACUCAAGAGAAUCAGGGACCUGAACAAGGAGGCGGGCAGGGCCUUCCGGGAGGAGAAGGACCGUUCCGGCAAAGCCGACAAGGAGAAAUCGCUGAAGGAAAAAUCUCCGAAAGAGGAAAAGCUGAGGCUCUACAAAGAGGAGAGGAAGAAGAAGUCCAAAGACAGGCCCUCAAAAUUAGAGAAAAAGAAUGACUUCAAAGAGGAUAAAACUUCAAAAGAGAAGGAGAAGACCUUCAAAGAGGAUAAAGAUAAACUCAAAAAAGCCUAUAGGGAGGAUUCUGCUUUCGAUGACUAUUGCAACAAAAGUCAGUUUCUGGAGAACGAAGACACCAAGUUCAGUCUUUCUGAUGAUCAGGAUCGGUGGUUUUCUGACCUGUCCGAUUCCUCCUUCGAUUUCAAAGGGGAAGACAGCUGGGACUCUCCAGUGACGGACUACAGGGACCUGAAGAGCGAGUCUGUGGCCAGGCUGAUCCUGGAGACGGUGAAGGAGGACGGUAAGGAGAAGAGGCGGGAGAGCAAGGCCCGGGAGAAGCGCGUGGACAAGGACAUCUUCUCUCGGAAGAAGGACAGGGACUGCCUGGAACGGGGCUCGGAGCGGAGGCGAGAGCACGCUGCCGACAGGCACAGGGCCGUGCCCGGCUACCUCUGCGAGAAGGACAAGAGGAGGCGAGAGUCUGCGGAGGGCGGCCGGGACAGGAAGGAGCCCCCCGAGGCCGCCAGGGAGCGGAGAGAGGGCCGUGCGAAGCCCGACGAGGUGCCCAGGGAGGACCUGAAGGAGUACGGCUGCGAGGGAGUCUUCAAGGACAGGCCCGACUGCGACUUCGGGAAGAGCCUGGAGCCCUGGGAGCGGCAUCACCCGGCGAGGGAGAAGGAGAAGAAGGAGAGGCUAAAGCUCGAGAAGCAUAAAGAGAAGUCCGGUGACAGGGACAAAAACGAGAAACUGAUCCUUGAAAAAUGUCAGAAGGACAGAGAGUUUGAUAAGUGUUUUAAAGAGAAAAAGGAUGCCAAGGAAAAGCAUAAAGAUGUGCAUAGCAAAGACAAAGAGAGAAAAGCAUCUCUCGACCAAGGUAAAGACAAACGGGAGAAGACUUUCCCCGGAAUUCUCUCCGAGGACUUCUCUGAAAAAAAAGAUGAAAAGAAGGGCAAAGAGAAAAGCUGGUACAUUGCAGAUAUAUUCACUGAUGAAAGCGAAGAGGAAAAAGAUGAUUACACAGCGAGCGGAUUCAAAGUCGGGGAGGCCGGCGAGGGGCGGGGGGACGGCCCCCCCGAGAGGGAGGACGGGCGGGAGCCGCACGCCCCCGACAGGCACCGGAAGCACUCGGCCGACAGGCAGCACGCGGAGAAGCAGAAAGACAAAGAAAUCAGAGAGAAGAGGAAGGAGAAGGGCGCCGCCGCGGACGGGGGCAAGGACAAGAAGGACAAAACCUCGGAGAAGCACAAGGACAAGAAGGACAGGGAGUCCGCGGAAAAGUACAGGGACAGGAAGGACCGCGCGUCGGCGGACUCCGCUCAGGACAGGAGGAACAAGCAGAAGCUGCCCGAGAGGGGGGAGAAGAGGCCCCCUGCGGAGGACAAGGCCAAGAGCAGGCACCGGGAGCGGCCGGACCGGGAGCAGGGCCGCGAGAGGAAGGCGAGCAAGGGCGCCGAGGCGGAGAAGAGCCUGCUGGAGCGGCUGGAGGAGGCGGCGCUGCAGGACUUGCGCGAGGACUCCAACGACAAGGCCAGCGACGCGUCGUCGGACGGCUUCCCCGACCGCGGCCAUGACCCGGGCCUCGGCGCCCUCCUGGAGGUGCCCUUCCCGGAGCCCCCGGAGGAGCGGGCGCGGGAGCGGGAGCGGCACCGGCACGCCUCGUCCUCCUCCAAGAAGAGCCACGACCGAGAGCGGGUCCGGAAGGACAAGCCCGAGAAGAAAGAGAAGAGCGACGACUCCAAGGACGCGGGCGGCCGGAAGGACGCGGGCCAGUACGAGAAGGAGGUCCUGGAGGCCGACGCUUACGGCCUCUCCUACAGCAUCAAGGCCGACGCAGAGGACGAGUUAGAGAAGACCAUCGAGUUGUUCUCUUCCGAAAAGAAGGAGAAAAAUGAUGCUGAAAGAGAAGCUCCCAAGAAGGUCGAGAAGGAACUGAGGCCUUACGGCUCUAGCACCGUGAGCCUCCCGAAGGAGAAGCGGCGGCGGGAGAAGCGCCGGGAGCGGUGGCGGGACGAGAGGGAGCGGCCCCCGCGGCACCACCGGGAGGAGCUCAAGCCCGCGGCCAGGGACAGGGACAACCCGCCCGGCUCCUUCCGGGACAAGCCCAAGGACGAGGGCGGGAAGCUCAGCGAGGCCAAGCUGAAGGAGAAGGUCAGGGAGAGUCUGGAGAAAGAAAAGGGCGACCCCGUGAAGCUCAGCAACGGCAACGACAGGCUCCUCCCGCUCCGAGAGCCCGGUAAGAAGGACGCCCGGCCCCGGGAGAAGCUCCUGGGCGACGGGGACCUGAUGAUGACGAGCUUCGAGCGCAUGCUCUCCCAGAAGGACCUGGAGAUCGAGGAGCGCCACAAACGGCACAAGGAGAGGAUGAAGCAGAUGGAGAAGCUGCGCCACCGGUCCGGUGACCCCAAGCUCAAGGAGAAGGCCAGGCCCGCCGAGGACGGGCGGAAGAAGGGCCUGGACGGCCCGCCCAAGAAGCCGCUGGCGCUGGACCCUGCCCCGAAGGACAGGAAGCUCAAGGAGUCAGCUCCUGCCGCCCCUGCUGCCGAGAACAAGCCCCACCCGGGACCCGCGGUGGACCCCCGAGACUGGCUGGCAGGCCCCCACAUGAAAGAGGUCUUGCCUGCUUCCCCCAGGCCGGACCACGGCCGGCCCACCGGGGUCCCCACCCCCGCCUCGGUGGUGUCCUGCCCCAGCUACGAGGAGGCCAUGCACACGCCCCGGACCCCGUCCUGCAGCGCCGACGACUACCCCGACCUCAUGUUCGACUGCGCAGACCCCCAGCCCGCGUCCAGCACGGCCGCCAGCGCCUGCUCGCCCGCCUUCUUCGACAGGUUCUCUGUGGCCGCCAGCGGGAUUUCAGAAGCCCCGGGCCAGACACCUACGAGGCCGCUGUGCACGAACCUUUACCGCUCGGUGUCCGUGGACAUCAGGAGGACCCCUGAGGAAGAGUUUGGACUCGGGGACAAGCUGUUCAGACAGCAGAGCGUCCCUGCUGCGCCCAGCUACAGCUCGCCGGGGCAGCACCCGGAGGACAAGGCCCCGGGGCCCCCAGCGCCCACCGAGAAGUUCGCCUGCCUGUCUCCGGGCUGUUACUCCCCGGACUAUGGCAUCCCCUCCCCCAAAGCGGACGCCUUGCACUGCCCGCCUGCGGCCGCAGCCAACAUCACCCCGUCCCCGGAGGGCGCCUUCUCCGGCUUACCGACCAAGUCCCCCCCUUCACACAGAGACGAGCUCUUGGCCCCGUCCAUGGAGGGGGCCCUUCCCCCUGACCUCGGCAUUCCCCUGGAUGCCACGGAGGACCAGCAGGCCACCGCGGCCAUCAUCCCCCCUGAGCCCGGCUUCCUGGAGCCCCUGGAUGAGGGCCCCUUCAGCGCCGUCAUCACAGAGGAGCCGGUCGAGUGGGCGCACCCCGCCACCGUGGAGCAGGGCCUCCCCUCUGGCCUCAUCGGGGGCACCCCCGAAAACCCCGCCAGCUGGCCCGUGGGGUCGGACCUCCUGCUGAAGUCCCCACAGAGAUUCCCAGAGUCCCCGAAACAUUUCUGCCCUGCCGAGUCCCUCCCCCCGGAGCCCCCUUACCCGGUGUCCCCCGUCUCAUACCCUCUGUCGGUCCCCGAGCCGGGACUGGAGGUCAAGGACCAGGCCGGGGAGGCAGUCUCGGGCGCGGUCUCUGCUUCAGAAGAGCCGGCCGCGUUCGCCCCUCCCUCCAGGCUGGAGUCCUUCUUCAGUAACUGCAAGUCCCUUCCGGAAGCGCCCCCCGACGCGCCCCCCGAGCCUGCGUGUGUGACGACGGCCGUGGCUCAGGUGGAGGCCCUGGGUCCCCUGGAGAGUGACUUCCUGGAAAGUGGUCACAGCCUGUCUGCCCUCGGCCAGGUGGAGCCGGUGCCCUGGCCCGGUGCCUUCCCCGCCACCGAGGAUGACCUCGACCUGGGACCUUUCUCGCUGCCGGAGCUGCCUCUCCAGACGAAGGAUGUUUCCGAUGUCGAAGCAGAGCCUGUGGAAGAGAGUCCUCUCGUUCCUCGGGACAACACCCCCGCGCUCCCGAGCGGCGGGGACGGCUCUGUGGCAGCUGCUGAUGAACAGCUGGUGCUGCCUCCCGACCAGGUGGCCGCCCGGCUCGCCACCGAGCCUGCGCCUGAGCCCCCAGAGGAGCCGAAGCCGGUCGCGCUGCCCGAGGCCACAGUGGAGGCCGGGGCCGGGCCGGAGGGGAGGGCCCCCGAGGACUCCGACCCUGGCCCUGGGCCCACGCCGGCCCCCUCGGAGCAGCGUCCGCCG